AUGCAGACAUUGCCGGGCCAGAUCUAUACUGAGCUAUUUUACAAAAACCUGGGGCACAUGGCAAAAUCUGGACGUUGCGAGCUCUCUCCCGAUGAGGAAGGCUGUGACGUUUUCUUUCAAAUAUGCAUCUGGAAAGGCACAGCAUUUUCCUCACCAAUCUGUGAUGUCGGCAGACACACAACACGGACAUUUGAAGAUGCUCAGAAUGUCAUUCUUGCCGAGGAAAGCUUUAUACAAUUUCCGCUGAAAAACUAUCCCCCCCCUAUGAUCCGGCUACGAGUAGAGGCCUGGGACAAAGACCGAAAUUCACCGCAUGACCACAUUGUCUCCUUUGUUUCUGAGGUGGUGGAAUUGGACAGUCGUGCGUCCUUUAAAGGCGUUAAGCUCAUAAAGGUAGAUGAAACACCAGAUAACAAGGACGUUCAGUAA